GUAUGCCCUGGCGAUCUACCGCAAGACGAGGUCGCCAGCUGCGCUUUGUUCGAGCCGUGACAUUCGUUGUGCAAUUAUUUCUCCUCACCAUAAUUGCGGGUUUUCAAUCUAUAUUCGGUAACCGAGAGCCGACUCAAGGAGUCGCGUCCCGAGAAUCGAACACCGUGAGAGGAGAGUCCAGCCGAAAACGCAGAACGGACUGAUGUCGCGGCAGCGGAGUGUUCUCCAGGUUCUUUAUGACAACUUUUGGAACUCACUCCGGAGACAGCCUCCGCUGAAACCCGUUGGGGAGGAUUAUCUUGGCAACAAAUACUUCGAGUUCCAAGCAGGUGAAAGAAGUGGCCGUCGCAGCAAACGUCAAGUCCAGCCGGUGAGUGAGGAGGUCGAUUACGAACUGCCUUUCGAGUGGGAAGCUUGGCUGAGGGGGAGGAGACGUGAUCCUCCCACUGCAGAGGAAAUACAGGAGAGAAUCGCUCGUCAGGCCCAAGCUGUGGCAAACGCAAAACGCCUCGAAAAGGAUAUGGGAAAGGAAGUCAUUCCGGCCAGUACAGACCCGCACGCCUUUCCCAAACUCGGUAACUAUUCAUCUAAUCCCCAAAUUGGAAGUCAGCCCCUGAGGGACAAGGAUGAAAAUAGUAGUCUGUGAUUUUGUUCGAGAUCGACGAAUAAAUUUUGCCUGAGUAGAAUCUUCAGCAG